AUGUCUGAAAGUCCUGAGGGCCACAGCCGGCCUUAUGACUUCAGCCGCACCAGCGCUUGCGCGCAGCUUUUGGGUCAGGAGGGUUUUGGUAGUAGUGCCUCCUUCCAGGUACCCCAUGGUGUCUUGCCAGACCCGAGUCGCAUUUACAACAAAAGCUGUUACAGUGGUAUCGCAUCGACAUCCGCUCAAGCCUUUUUCCCCUUCCCAUCCGUCUCCACCGACUACAGGCCCUCUGAGCUACAGGCUGGAGACUUUGGGCAACCCAAGCAUUGGUAUCCCUUUGCAGACUACACAGGCCAAUUACCUGGCGUAUCUGCAGCAAUCCAGCCUAUAAACCUUAGCACCCCUGAAGCCGAGACGGCGGAGCAAAUCAAACUACCUGAAAUAAAGAUGGAGAAGGUCGCCCGCGAGGACUACUCAUCCGAGAUAAAAGUUCAGCAGUACUUGACUCCCCAAGCCUCCAACGAUAUGGCCCAUGGGUUAUUCUACGCUAGGACUGGGACCUGGAACCCGUCCUUUUGGUCCUUCCCGUCACCUGGCAGCGGUAGUCAAACUCCCUCCACAUCUUCGACAUCUUCCCCAUCGCUGUCCCCCUCACCCCCGAGCAACGGACUUCCGGGGAACGGGUAUUUCAGCGUGAACACACCUCAGGUUGUCCCUGAGGCCCAGCAGCAGAGGCCGGCCGCCUCCCGACGAAGUGCCGCGUCCUCCAAUCAAGGAUGCAAGGAAGAACAGGAAACUGUUUCCACUGAAGAGCUGGAGCAGUUUGCCAGGGAGCUCAAACACAAGCGCAUUACUCUGGGUUUUACCCAGUCAGAUGUUGGCCUUUCACUGGGAAGCCUUUAUGGAAAAAUGUUCAGCCAAACUACCAUUUGUCGUUUUGAGGCUCUGCAACUGAGCUUUAAGAACAUGUGCAAGCUGAAGCCUCUUCUGCAGAAAUGGCUGGAUGAGGCGGAGAACUCGGAAAAUCCUCAGGAUAUGUACAAGAUUGAGCGAGUUUUUGUUGACACCAGAAAAAGAAAGCGGAGGACCAGUCUGGAGGGGGCAGUGCGUGCUGCUCUAGAGUCCUAUUUCAUCAAGUGUCCCAAACCGAACACCCAAGCAAUUAAGCACAUUUCGGAUGAUCUGGGCCUGGAGAGAGAUGUGGUACGUGUUUGGUUUUGCAACCGGAGACAGAAGGGGAAGCGCUUGGCUCUGCCGCUGGAUGAGGAAUUGGAAGGCCAGCUGUAUGAGCAGAGUCCUUCCCCCAUUCCCAGUCAGGCCUACCCAGGGCCCAGUUUCACUGGAGGCCCUCCUCCCACGCUCUACAUGCCUCAACUUCCCAGGCCUGAUGUCAUGAAACAAGCCCUGAAUCCUGGAGUGGUUGGGCACCCAACUAGAUAAAGCCAUAGUCCAACCAGAACCACAGAUUGCCUUUCAAAAAUGUGCCCAACUUGCCUCGGAAAGGAAGCUCUACAAAUGCAGCAAUCAAACCAUCUGAUCGUAUCUGAGUUGUGUGAGGGUGAAAUCAAAGUGGUUUCCUGUUUCAGCUGUAGUGAUGGUGAAAUGCCUUAUAUCACUGUGUUCUGUGACCUUGAACUACUUUGACCUCAUAUAGCAAAAGGGGAUGUUAAGUUGCACAUUUAUUGCAUGACUAUGCAUUGGCCAGUGAGUCCAUAGUCUUUGAGUUUAUGUGCUGUGACUAUAUGGACCAGAUGUGGAGUGAGGCUUGGUCUGUAAAUGCUCGAGAGCUGGGGUGUUUUAGUUGUGCAUAAUUCUGGGUAGGCUUUCUGUGGUGCCAACAAGGGAAAAGCAAGGGAGGGACACCUCUUUAA